GAUGACAGCAGGAGGAUGUGGGCAAAUUAUCUCCCUGAAAAAUUGGAUAUUGACUGCAGAGUGAUAAACGGACGGAUUUUGACUCAAACAACAGGAUCUAAUUGUUGAAAACUAAGAGUUUCUUCCAGGAGACAUGGCUUCAAUCGGACAAAUCAUCUUCUACAGGUGUGAUCAUGAGCAUGGUGUCCCUCAUCGUCCUGUUUGCAACCUUCAUCAUCCUCAUCGUGGCCCUAGCCUUCUCCAACUUGUCCUCAUCCCACAGAGCCCGCGUUGGAGCUGAUGAGUAGCAACACGAAUCCCGUUGCAAACCUGGGCGAGGACCAGCUUCUCAGCUGUUACCUUCCCAGAGAAGCCCAGACGGACGGGCUGAGAGACGUGACGGUGGCCUGGAUGAAGGAGGAGCUGAGGGUUUACCUGUACGAGAACGGAGCUCCGGCUCUCGGUGCUCAGGGCUCUCAGUUCAGGGGCAGGACCCAGCUGUUCCCCGACGCCCUGAGCGCAGGGAACGGCUCUCUGCUGCUGAGGAGUGUGAGGAGCAGCGAUGAGGGCCAAUACACCUGCAGCAUCAGCUCCUCCGCAGGUCAACGGAAGGUCAAGAUUCAGCUCAGAACAGCAGCCUUUUCAGCCCCAACAUUCACAUUCUCCAAAGGCAUCCUGACUGCUGAGGCGAGCAGGUGGUUUCCUGAACCCAGUGUAACGUGGCUGGACCGCAGCGAGAACGUCCUGAAUGCAAGCACACGUUUCACAACAAACUCUGCCGGAAUAUUAAGCAUCACCAGCAUCCUGCGGUCGGCCAACGUCAGUGAAUCCUACAGCUGCAGGGUUGAAAACAACCUGGUGACCGCAGUUGCUGAGGCAACUGUAACAGGCGCGGGUGUUUCGGGGAGGACAUACUUCACCUUCAAUGUGGCUUCAUCCCCACUUGUGUCAAUUUAUGUGAACAUUAUAAGCAGUGUCCUCUGUAUUUAUUAUGUGACACCAACAUAACCAUUGCAAACACCCAAACACACGUUCAAUGUACAUACCAAAGCAUAUAAAAGUCCUGCUUGUUUGUUUGCUGCAGGAACACUUUUU